UUCGCGAGGUCUGGACAAAUUACAUCAUUGGAUGAGCUGACGGUUGUCAUGAGGUCCUUAGGAAUGAGUCCAACUAUACAGGAGCUUACUGGUUACUUGAAAGGCAAAGGUGGCAAGAUGUCCUUCGCUGAUUUCUUAGAGGUCAUGCACAUACAUUCCAGAGCGGAAAAUCUUCCGCAUGAAGUUGUGAACGCUUUCAAGGCCGGUGACAAUGACAAGAGAGGCGUUAUUUCUUCGAAGCAGCUCCGGAAUUUGUUGCAGAAUUGGGGCGAAGGCCUAUCAUCCAGAGAGGUGGACAACAUUUUCCGUGAAGCAAACGUGUCAAGCAAUGGCAUCGUACGCUAUGAGGACUUUGUGAAGAUCGCCUGCGCGCCUGUUCCAGAUUAUUAUUAAUAAAAAGUCUAAGAGCCUGUUUCACCAGCUGUGGAUUAAUAAUAUCCAACACAUAAGCUACGAAUAGUCUAACAGCAGGAGGUAGAACGGGCUAUUGGGAGCUGUUUUGUCUCAAAUAAGGAAGUACAACUAUUUGAUUCAUAUUUGCAUAUAGAACGGUGUUGUGGGAUACCAGAUAGGAACGAAGUUCCUUAUUAUAAAAUAUUAAUUUCAA